UGAAAGCAAAGUAGAAUAGUGUUUGUGUUUCGGUUUGGUAUAGAUACCUGUCAGUUUAUUGUUUGAUCUUUUAUUACAGAAAUCAUCUUCAGUAUAUCUGUUGAUAUAAGCUGUUCUGAAUGAAGUCAGGCCUUCUAUAAUUAUAAAAAAGAAUACAAUAAGUUAAAAGCUAGAUAAUAUGGUUAAGGGCGCCCAAAGAUCGAAAUUGGGGCAUAGAAAACCUGGAAAAGACCCCAAGAAAAAUGAGGAAACGCAGAUUUUGUUUACUAACAGUGACAGAAUAGGACACUGUUGUGGGGAGCACAGACGGAGGCUGGAGUUAUUCUGCCAGGAGGAUGAGAUGUUUCUCUGUGUUCAGUGUGUUCCCACACAUUCCACUCAUAGUUUUAUUUUCUUGCAUGAGGCAGGCAGCAUGUAUAAGGACAAGGUGACAACAGCCUUAUCAUUUCUAGAAUCCAGAGUGAAAGCUUUUCAAGAUUUUCGAAACAGACUUGAACAGGAAUUUGUAAACAUACAAGAAGAUGCCCACUGCAUAGAGCAGCAUAUCACAAAGGAAUUUGCAAAACUACACCAGUUUCUUCAACAUCAUGAACAUAAGCAUAUGCAGCAGCUGAAAACUAUAGAAGGAGAGUUUUUAAAAGAGGUAGAUGAAAAUCUUGAGUGCAUUAAAAAUUAUGUGGUCAUCCAACAGGCAGAGUUUGACAUUAGCAUGGAGAUCAAGCAGGAAGAAAUGGAGAUUCUGAUAGAGACUGAACAACCUUCUAGAUGCAUUAGAAAUGAUGUAUUCAAUCAAGAAUUACAUUCUGAAGAUGCCUUGGAGUACAGUAGCAAACAAGUAGAGCCUCUGGAAGAAAUGUCAGAAAACAUUGACUACAUUAAAAAUGAUGUUUUAACUACCCAGGAGGUAGUAUCUGAUGUUAACCUGGAAUACGAAAAUGAAGAACCAGAGAUUUCAGAUGCAGUAACAGAUAGUCUUGUCUACAUUAAAAAUUGUGUUAUGAUGACCCAGGAGACAGAAUAUACUGUUAACUUGCAAUUAAACAGUGUAGAAACAACGAUGUUGGCAGAGCCAACUGAAUAUCCUGAAUGCAUUAAGCAUAAUUUCAUGUCCACCCUUGAGGAAGCUCCUGAUGUUAACUUGGUUCUCAGGAGUGAAAGGGAUCUUCUGAAACGGGCAGAAAAAGGCAAUGGUAUAACCACACAUCAAGCAGUGUCUUCUUUUACCUCAGAUUUUAAGUCUGAAGAAAUGGAUAUUGUAAAAGAUUUGGAAGAUAACAGUGGAUGCAUUAAACAAGAGGCAAUGUCUAAUGCUAACCUGGAGGCCAGGGAAGAUUUUCUAACAGUACAAGAAACUUCUGAGGUUACAGCUGCUACUUUUCCUGAAGAGGAAUCACAGUUUGUGAGCAGAUCAAAAGAGGACUUUGACCAGGAAGUCAUGCCUCAGAACUCUGAAACCUUAGUUUCAGCAGGUAUCAGAAGUGCACAAUGCCUUGUGAAUUCCAGCCAUCAGCCAUCACUUGGGAUAUCUGAGAUGCACCGCGCAUCAGUGAACCGGAAGUAUUUGAUGCGGCCUGUAAAGAGUUUCCAGAAGUGUAACCUUAAUCCUUUAACACAGCUGCACACAGGCAGGAAGUACAGCAAGAGGUACAAAGGCAGCGAGAGUCUCACUGUACAGCACAGUGAAAAAAUGCAACAGAGAGCUGCAUGUGAGAAGCUUUACAAGUGUGCUGAAUGCAACAAGAUUUUCACAUGUCAAAAUAGCCUUCUAAUACAUCAGCAUGUCCACGCAGAAAAAACAUAUAAAUGUCCUAAAUGCAGUAAGAGCUUCAGAAAUAAGAAAAACCUCUCAACACAUAAACAUGUUCACAGAGAAAUAAUGCCUUUUAAAUGUGAUGAUUGCCCCAAAAGUUUCCCAUUUAGAAGUAAUCUUGAGGUACAUCAAAGAGCUCACAGAGAAGAUAAACCGUACGUAUGUGCUGAAUGUGAUAAAAGAUUCAAACACAAUUCUCACCUCAUAAGGCAUCACAAAGUUCACACGGGAGAGAAACCGUAUAAGUGUUCUGAAUGCAGCAGGAAAUUCAGAGCGAAAGAUACACUGUUAAGGCAUCAGCAAGUUCAUUCACGAGAAAAGCCAUAUCAGUGUACUGAAUGCAAUAAACGUUUUGCAGGAAAGCAGGCAAUGAAAAGGCAUCAGCAACUUCACACAGGGGAGAAGCCAUAUAAAUGUACGAAAUGUAGCAAGGCUUUCAUCGAAAAUUACAAACUUGUAGUGCAUCAGCGAAUGCACAAGGGAGAAGCCAUAUAAAUGUAUUGUAUGUGGCCAGUGCUGUGCACAUCCAGGUAACCUUAUGAGUCAUCACUGAGGUCACAUAGGAGACAAGUUUAAAGACUUUGCACCUCCUUUUUGUGGAUGACUUAAAAAUGUGUAGUUCAUCAGAUGAGGAUUUGAAAGCACAGCUGAUAUACAAAUGUCAUUUGGUCUUGAUAAAUGUGCAAAAGCAGUGUUUAAAGCAGGAAAGAUGCAAUCUAUGAAAAUAUCAGUCUAGGACAGGAAUGUAAUGUAAAGGAACUUGAGCAGGAGGGAGUGUAUAAAUAUUUGGGAUUUGAUGAAGGAUCCGCAAUAAAACAUGAACAAACGCAAACACUGUAAGCAACACUUUAGAAGACUAAAAUUAGUAUUGAAAGCUGCCCUGACACCUAGGAACAGAGGCCAAGCUAUAAAACAAUUUGCUCUUCCUGUUUUGACGUACAGUUUUGGGGUGAUUGGCCCCAAAAGGUAUUGGAUCAGUUGGACAGGAAAACAAGCAAAUGCUUUGCACUUAUCAAAUGAUAUAUAAUAAUCAGUGCAUGCCAAGAUUAUAUAUUCCUCAUUCUGAAGGAGGUAUGGGCCUUUUCAAAAUUGGUUACAUGCAUAGAUAUGCUGUCAUGGGAAAGCAUACAUAUCUGCUGACCUCAAACAUAGUGAAACCUUUAAAACUUGUGGAGAAGACGUCUAAUACGACUUCCCUGCCUAGUUUAGCAGAAGCUUAUCUGUGUCAAGCUGGAAUGGAACUCAAACCAGAAGUAGGCAAAAAUCAGGCAGCAACUGAACAGGCCAAAAAAACAAAAGAACAUAAGGAGAAGGAUCAGAGGAGAAGUAAAGAAAUGUGGAAAAGGCAUAAAUAUUAUGGUAAGUACAGGAGGUCUCCUGAAACAACCUCAUAUUGAUUGGGAUUUGACCUAGGAAUGGUUAAGGAGAGGUGGAUUCAAACCAAAAGAUGAAAAGUUAAUAAUGGCAGCCCUGGAUAGUGGACUAUUUACACAUUGCUUUCCAAAGUCCAUCAAACAUGUGGGAGAAACAGAGAAAUGCAGGUUUUGUAAAACAGAACUAGAAAAAGUUGCGCACCUUGUUGCUGGUUGUGAUACACUCAUGGCAGAGAGCCUGUACACUGAAAGGCAUAGUAAUGUCAGGACUGCUGUAUUAGGGAUUGUGCAGACAUUACAAUAUUGAAGUAGGUGAGAAGCAUUGGAAACAUGAGACGCAAAGCAUUAUACAGAAUAGUUAAGUUUAUACCACAUGGGUUCAUUCAUUGUCUACAAUUCAGAAAAUGUAUGCAAGAAAACUAGAUAUUGUAGUUCAUGCAAAAAAGGCAAAAGCACCAUUAAUUACUGAAAUUGCUGUGCCCUGUCAUUACUGUAUAUUACAUAUGGAGAGAGACAAAAUCAUAAAAUACCAGGAUUUGCAAGCAGAAAUGAGAGCAAUGAGGAAAAAGUAUACCUAACCAGUUCCAAUAGUAGUAGGACCAAUGGGUUUCAUAAAAAUGAAUUUAGUAAGAUUUAAAUAUGCUCAAAAAGAAAAAAAAAACAAAAGUGGGGUAGAACAACAACAAUAACCAAAUAUACCUCAGUAAAUAGCAGCUGGAAACCACUUCACACACUAAGUCUGUUAAAAAUGUAUUUAUUGAUGGAUUUAGCGCUUUCAUCUCAAAAGACUUAAUCAGAAUACCCAUUCACAAUACUUGAUUCAAUGUAUCCCCAACCAUUUUAAAUUCACAGUGCCCCAUUGGUUCCUUACAAUACAUCACUUCCUUUCCCACACUGACCAUAUUAAUUUCACUAAUUCUACCACAAUAACAUUAAAACAAUUAAUAUUUAAUAAUAUAUUGCACAUAUAAUUCAUUUAUCAGCAUUCACAUUUUUGUUAAAACAGUAAAACCUAUAUUAAUAUUUAAUAUUCGUUUUAAACACUUUGUUUGUUUUGACCAUUUUAUGUUCCAAAUAUUGAUCAUUUUAUGUUCCAAAUACAUAUUUUAUAUUUUUAUACAAAAAAAAAUGUGUUUAUUUUGAAAAAAAAAUUAAAUGUGUAUUUAGAACAUAAAUUGAUCAAAACGAACAAAGUGCUGUAAAUGAAUAUUAAUAGAGGUUUACUGUUUUAACAAAGAUGUGAAUGUUGAAUUUUUGUGUGAUAUAUAAUUAAUGAUUUUAACAUUAUUGUGGUGAAAUUAGUAAAAUUAAUAGGGUGUGGAAAAGGAAGUGAUGUAAGGUACCAGUUGGGCAUUGUCAAUCUAAAUGGCUGAAUAUAGAUUGAAUCAAGCAUUGUGAAUGGAUAUUUUGAUGAAGUCUUCUGAGCCAAAAGUGUAAAACCGAUCAAUAAAUAACAUUCUUGAUGGACUUGGUGUGUAAAAUGGUUUCCAGUAGUUAUUUACUAAGGUAUAUUUGGCUCUUGGUGUUGUUUGACCUUGGUUCCAUUCACUUUUGGUUAUUUGUGACAUUAUCAUAGAUGUGGCAUGCCAUAGAUCUGCUUCACUGUAAUUGGAAGGAGAACGACAGCUCUUGGGAGAGUUAAGGAAGUUGAUUAAACUAGUCUGACAAAAAGAAAAGAGAUUGAGUGAGGGUAACAGCCGAGGCCUUCCAGACAAUAUGGAUACUUCUCUUCCUUCUUUCCAACCACCCGGGCUAUUACAAAGCGACUCAGUUCAUCAGCAGUUAACUAUUCAGGACUUUUCUACCACUUCAACCCAGCACAUUGGAAUGGUGAAUGAACUGCUUUGCAACAGCAGCAGUGGAUAUGUACAGCGUCCAUUAAGGCAGGAAAAUACGAAAAUAUCAGUAUAUGGAUAUACAUACUUGGUUGAACCAGGUGGAACUUUCAGUGGACAUUUCAACAGUAAACCGACUCAGGGGUUUUUUGGAUUCAUACCGAGCUACGGUGUUGAAAUUAAAAAGCAAAGUGUUCUGUUAUACAAAUAUUUUGCAGGACAAUGCUUUUUAAAAGAAAGCAUAAAUAGAAAACUCCCUAGGGGACCUAGAAUUUACAAGUACCCAAAUAGAGUGGUACCAGGUACUAAAUUUUGUAAAGAAUUAUUAGACAUUUUCAUUAAUUGUGGAUUAGAAAUCAUCAAAGCUAUCAUUAAGAACAAUGAUAGAUUAACUGUGUUGUAUGAUGAAAUUAUUGUACUAAAUACAGCAAUACAGAAAGACUUGUUAUGUAAUGUUGACUAAAAUAGGAAUAAAUAUUUGGUUUUAAAGAUGGAAAAUAAUGAAUAAAUAAAUGGGAAAAUGGGAGAGAAAUAUGCUGAAGGUAAAGCAUACUUACCAUCGAAAUACAAAUAUGGUAAUGAAUUUAAUAGUUGAAAUUACAAUGAAGGAGAAAUUAUUGCAGGGGGAAAAUGAGACAAUAUAUGAAAAUAAUUUAGUUCAGGAACAAAACAACCCACAUUUGCAGGACCCUUUAGAAUUCUCAUCAUUAAGGAGGUUGGACAGGCUAAACAACAGGGAGAGGUUAGUGAGUUUGGAUGGCUAUCACAAUGGACGCAACACAAGACCUCCGAGGGGAAAGGGAUGAGGAAGAAGUUAACUCCCCAAACAGGCUGUCCUGGUAUGGUACUGGGGUAAGAAGUAAUUCAAGUAGAUGGUGUGCUUUGCUCAUUCAGUCAUUAUAAUGUAUACAUUUGCAGUUCCCUUGAGUUAAUUCCAACCCAUUUUUCGCUUUUCAUUAAGGGAUUCACUUUUGUACCUUGUGGAAAUAUGGAAAUAAGUGAGGUUCAGUUUGAUUUAAUAUUAUUUUUGAGAAUUAAUUUAGAACUCAAGGACAGUGGAGCUGGUGGUUUGAGCACUUUUAAAAGAAAAAGUACAUUCAACCCUCCAGUACAUCCAGUAUUGGUGAAUUUUGAAACUUUAGUUGAACAAGACAUUAGGAAAUUUGUGAAGAAAAAUAAUAAAGGGGGUAUACAUUUAAAACAAGAAGAGAAGGUGACUAUGAAUGAGUUGAGUUCUAACAAAGAAAUUAGAAUAAUGAAACUGGAUACAAAGGGAGGGGUCGUCAUUAUGGAUUUUUGGGGUUAUACAGCCAAAAUGUUAGAGCUACUUAAUGGUGAUUCAGGGUAUAGCUAAGUCUCUAGGAAUGAAAUAUUUGUGGCUUAUAGAAAGAUAGACUUGAUUUUGGAAGAUCAUGUACAACAGGGUAUCAUUGGUAAAAAUUAUUUGAAUUUUUGUAUAAUCCUAAACCCAUCAUUCCUGCUGUAUUUGGCAUACCUAAAAUUCAUAAUGAUAAUAAUGACCCACCCCUUAGACCAGUAAGUGCUGCCACAGGAUGUAAACCAUACUCACUGGUAGUGUAUGUGGACAAAAAAUUAAAACAUGUUACAUGACAGUGUGACCACAUAUUAGUUGAUUUGUGGGAUUUUUUGGUUAAAAUAAGCGAGGAGAGUUAUCAACCCCAGAGUAGUUUGCAAGUGUUUUGAAGAAAUAUGACUACUUAAACAGUAGAGAAUGGAGAUUGAUCGUGGAACUUUUAGAGGCAGGAAGAAACUAAUGAUUUAUAUAGACACCUGAAGGAAUGUAAAAGUGGAAAGUUCCUGUUCAGGGUAUUAGAACUGGUUGAACCAAGUCUGAGGAGUGGCCAAUGGGAAACUCACUUAUAAUACUUGAAUUUAUAUGGUAACUUGGUUUAAUGCAGGUUCAAAACCGGGAUUAAAUGGACAGCUGUCGGCCCCAGUAUUGAGAAUGAGGGUUGCAAAAUUAUAAUGAUGAGACAUAAAUUUGGUGGAAAUUUCAUACAAAAAAAUUUUUUUUAAUAUUUUAUGUAUGUAUUUGGAACAUAAAUUGAUUAAAAUUAACAAAGUGCUGUAAAUGAAUAUUAAAUAUUAAUAGAGGUUUUACUGUUUUUAACAAAGAUGCGAAUGUUGAUGAAUUAUAUGUGUGAUGUGUUAUCAAAUAUUAAUGGUUUUAACGUUGUGAUGGAAUUAAUAACAUUAAUAAUGUAGGAGAGGAAGUGAUGUAAUGUAAAAAACACUGGAACAUUGUGAAUCUAACAUGGUUGGGUAUAAACUGAAUCAAGUAUUGUGAAUGAAUAUUCUGAUGAAGUCUUUUGAGACAAAAGCACUAAAUCCAUCAAUAAAUAUAUUUUUAACUGA